AUGUUCACCUUCCAGCCGACGCCCACCAACAUCCGCCGGCUGCAAGGCCGCUCGGAUUGGCCAUAUCCGCAAGCCGUUAAAAGCGAAAGUAUUGCGACGUUGAAAUGCAUGACCAGCAACCGGCAUGAACUUGGGCUCAAGUCUCAGAUCUUCCAAUCAGCUGCAUCCGAGAAUCAUCCACCCUCUCCUGCCAUGAAUCUCGGUCCUUCUCCGUUCCAUCAACCGAUCAUCGAGCACAUCCUUUACCGGAAAAAUGCCGAAGGCUGUUCGGCGGUGACGGCGGUUGCUUGCGGUAUCACGUCUUCCGCCGGCCUUGCUUCCAAAGAUGGAAGGUUGAGAAAAGAAACCCGUCCUCACAGCCGAGAGGGAGAUAGGAAAAAGGACGCUACAAAGAAGGGUGGAGAGAUUGAGCGGCGGCAGGGUAUCUCCAAAUCCCGUAUUCCGAACUCUCAUCCUUCGCUUAACGCAGAGAACCGUCUCUUGCUGCUCGGAUGGUAG